ACUUCCUGUCCAUCUUACCAAUUACUGAUUGGUCAGUGGAAGGAAAUCGAUCAGCGCUGAACAUUAUUUUGCGUCGUUUGGAUAAGACAAUCCAAAAAAUUGGUAAAAAGCUGACAUUGAGAAGGCGGACGAAUUGGACGGCAUUAAGUAAUUGGUUAAUUGGAUUAUACCAAACGGUCAACGCAUACCCUUAUAUCGCUCAUCUACAUCCGUUAAAGAGUACCACACAAAUGUGUCUUCGAAUAAUGGUUGGUGAUCCAUGCACUGAUGACUUAUCGACACAAUCCGCUGCACAUUCUCUACCGUUGUCGACCAUUCUUUACGCUACGAUCCCUCCGCAGAUGUUCUGCAACGCCGUGUUGAAGCUUACAUCGUUUCUGAUGCAAGCACUUGGACAGUAUUCGUUUUCACUGGAAUUCUUGUGUAGUGUGGAGGGUAUUGGUCCUACGGCCGAACGACUUGAAGCACUUUUGUGCCAUUUUCUAAUUCCACUCUUCCUACGUACUGCCACUGCAGCGAAAGAUGCACCUCAAAUUCAGUCUCGAGAUUUGGCGUUCUGUUUGAAUUUGAUGCAAAACGCCAUCAAUCCUCCACUGGCAAAACAAAGUCUUGCUCCGGUAACAAGCACCAACUUGGCCACUCAAAUUAUACGUGCUUCCACAACGCAUGCAUCAGAUACUGCUGCGCGACAAGGCUCCGUCUCUGUGACGGAUCGUGGCCAUUCAGCUACGGUCUCAACACAUCGUAUUGUUCGUGAGACUGUUUGUCAAGCUGUUAUACUAGCACUCAAAGUAAUGAUGGUCGCCUUUCAUAAGCAAAUGACCUCCCAUUGGUCGAAGGUAACCAAAAUUGUUCGCGAAUUGGUCGGUAAAAAGAUCGGAGGCUCAGCGCUGUACUCGUUUACCGAAUUCGUUGUCAAUAUCAAUUUGCCCAUAUCACUGCCUCAGANCUCAGAGCAAGAGGCCCAAUGGCAGAAUGAUUUCAAACAACGUCUGCAUCGUUUGGGUGGCACGUCAGCUUCGGAAUUCCGAAGCUAUAGCGCCAUCCUGAACGAAUUAUCACUGGAAUUACAAUCCAUGCGAGAGGAUUUUUCAACGAGACCGAUU